AUGUCGCACACCAUCCUGCUGUUGCAACCGUCCUCGGAUCCCAGCACGCGCACCUACUCCGACUAUGAAUCUGUUGGCCAGUGUAUGGAGGGUGUGUGCAAGAUAUACGAGGAGAUACUGAAACGACGCAAUACAAAUGCACUGACCAUUACGUACGAUAUCAGCCAGCUUUUUGACUUCAUCGAUCAGUUUUCAGAUUUUUGCUGCUUGGUGUUUCAGCCAAUGACCAAUACCUAUGAACCGCACACCAAGCAGUGGGUAAAGGAGAACAUCUACCAAUACUUAAAACGGGUGGCCGGCAUUCCGUCCGAGCAGGACUCGAAACUUCGCGAAUUGCUUUGA